AUGUCAACAACUCCUUGCAAUGGUCAGAUGACCCCGGAAGAUGGAAGACACGCAGAGCUCAGGGAGAUCUUCGACCUGGCGCAGCGGGAGCCGGUCAAGGCCUUGGAUCUUAGUUUCAACCUGCUCAGGAGAGCAGCUGGAGCAGAGGUUGAGGACCUCGGAGGAUACCUGAGACCGAGGCAACAGGCAGGCAAGCUCGAGGGCAAGCCGUCCUACGAUGCCAAGUCAGCGCGGCUGAGAGGUUCAAUAGACAACGUGCAGAUAGGAAGAAGCAGCUCGACGAAGAAUGAGCCUCCACAGCGGAUGAUUACUGGAGGAAAGGAGAGGAGGGAGGGGGAGGAGAAGGAGGAGGAGGAGAAGGAGGAGGAGGAGGAGGAGGAACAGCAGCAGCAGCAGCUUCGCUUACCUCACUUGGAGCACCUUUGGCUGACGUCCAACCUGCUCAGAGAAAUACCGGAUGACCUCGGCAACUUGCGAAGUUUGAAGUGA